UCCGUCGCCUCCGCUGGUCCGGCUGCUGCAGGGACCAUUUCUAUCGACUCUUUCGCUGCUCUUCCAGCAGCCGACGAUCAUUUUUUGGUCCCACCUGCCGCCGUACUGUCGUUGCUGUCGCUCCUCCGCCACCACCUGGGCCGAACGACCGCGGAGGUGGAUCUUAGGAUGAACAAGUGCACGAGCACGACCAAGAGCAACAACUCUUGCACGAUGGUGACGCGCGUAAAGGAACACUUGUCCCAGUUUACGCGCGAGGUGCUGUGGCGGCUGUUUCUGACGUUAAAGGAGUACUUUUUGUUUCUCAGGUUCCGG